AUGACGCUUUGUUUUUUUGCACUUCCUCUCCAGUCGCAGCAACAAAAUCGAACAAAUCUUUUUGUUUUGUCUUCCGUCUCUGCCAACAUUCACUCCUCACGACUACAUCCGCCGUUAAAGAGACGUUAAAUCAGGUUUAUAAGAAAGCAGACUGGGUCGGCAGAGUCGCUGCACAUGGAGGUAGAGGGGAUUGAAGAGGAAGGACCUUCGUCCCAGAGUGAACUUCCACAAAGUGAAGAUCUCCAAUCAGAACAGCAGGAAUCACAACAACCGGAGAGCCAGACGCCGGUGGAAAAUGUCUACGUGGAUAAGAAAGCAGUGGACAAACUCACAGAGGGAUUACUCUCUCACUACCUACCAGAUCUGCAGAACUCUAAACGAGCACUCCAAGAGCUCACACAAAAUCAGCUGAUCUUGUUAGACACACUGGACCAAGAAGUCACCAAGUUCAGAGAAUGUAACACCUUAGUGGACCUCAACUCCCUGUUUACAGAGGCGAAGGUUUACCACAAUAAGCUGGUGAACAUAAGGAAAGAGAUGAUUAUGCUCCAUGAAAAGACGACCAAACUAAAGAAAAGAGCUUUGAAGCUGCAGCAGCAGAAGCAGAAGGAGGCGCUGGAGAAGGAGCAGCAGCGUGAGAAGGAGCAGGAGAGGGAGAGGCAGCUCACCGCCAAACCCGCCAAAAGAACGUAGAAUCCCCAAGCAUGUCUGCUGUAUUCCAGGACCGCUCGGCUGGUUUUGUAUGUUUUAGGGCGUCGGUAACGUCAGAUAUACGUCACAGUACUGCUGACCAUUUUCCAAAGUGUUGACAUUUUAAGAUGUUUUCGACUAAACACAGCAGAGAAUCAGACAUUCAGCUGGAGGGGAAAUUAGAUGCAAGAUUCCAAACAAUAUUAACUAACAGGGCGACUUCUGUUUCCAAUCAUUUUGUUGUUAUAGUUGGAUCUACUUGAACCAUGCUUGAUACAUGUAGUCCUGAGUAUUAACAAGUACUUUAAUUAUCUUUUAACUUAAAUUAUUGUUACGUCUACUGCAUGGUUGCUUAGAAAUGCUGCAUGAUGGCACAGUUUAGGCAAUAUAGAUGUGAUUUUAAUCAGUUAAAACUGGAAUUCUGGUGCUAAAAAUCUAUUUGAGUUCAAGUGAAGCACCUGUUAGGUACUGAACUUGACUGAACAAGGCUAAAAAGGAGCCUCUAAAAUGCUGAUUAUUCUAAAAUCAUUACAUUCAUGCUAUUAGCAUUUACUUCAAAAAGAUAACUUAAAGCAAAGACCUGUCUAUUGCCGCUUAUAAAGGUUUUGGAGGACAGUUUCUGCAGCCAAAUGUGUUGUAAAAAACUAAAAAACAAAAAAGGAUAUUCAGUUUGUCUUUGUUUCGAGCACAGAAAUGACCUGAAGCCUCUUGAGUUCGGUGCUCCAAGCCGUUAUCUGAUGGUCUGACUCCUGUUGUUCCUCUUUCAGAGCUCUCACGUGUCUUUGCACUUAAACUGCAUCAAGAAACAACCUUGAACCAGGACGGUUUUUAAUUUUGAAAGCAUGAAACAGUCUUUUUAUAGUUAAUUAGAAGAUUAAUCUAUGUGAAAACGGUGCAUUUCAAUCAACAGCAUCGUGCUUUGGAAAAUGGUUGACCCUGGAGACUGUGCAUGUGAUUCUCUGUAAAUGUUCUAAAACUUGUAAAACCUCUGCUUCGAUCCUCUCUGACGUUGCCAAGAUGACCACAAACCAAAGACAUGGACUGAAUCAUCAAAUGCUGGUACUUCCCACUAUCAACCUUCCGUUUCCCUGCGAACAGAACAAACAGCUUUUGGUCUCCGGGGAGAAUCAGUGCAUUUGCUGUCUUCUGCUAAAGACUCAGUGUUAAUAUAUGUUGUUGUGGGCUUCAGGCCCUGUUGGUGUCGAAUGUUCUGGAGCUGGUAUGUUGUUUAAAAUCAAAUAGUUCUGCACUGAGUUUGUCUGACUGUAUUUCUGGGCUGCAGAUAAUAUAUAUAUGUGUGGAUAAAAUAUGAUAAUGGAUGAUAAAAUGUACCAAACUUUGCUCCAUACACAGCAUCUGUACAUUAGUUUAACGGACCUUUCAAGAGGCUUCUAUGCACUAGUGAUGCCUGGAACUCCACUGUUUGUACAGUUAAUAAUAAAAGCAACACAAAGUGAUAUGCGGCAGCUUGACCUGCAUUUUAUUUCUUUAUUUCUUGAGUGCAACAUUUUUAUCAGGACCUGUUUAUACACGUAUAAAGUUCCUUUCUGGUCAAUGAUUAAAGCCAUAAAAACUCUCA